AUGUCGUCGUCGUCCUCGUCGUCGGUCAAGCGCGCCUGCGACGCCUGCCACCGCCGCAAGGUGAAGUGCGACGGCAUCAAUCCGUGUCGCAACUGCUCCAGCGCUCAAUUGUCCUGUACCUACCACGCUAUUCCGCAGAAGAAGGGGCCCAAGGGGUCGCGAGCAAAGGUGAUUAGCGAGCUGCGCGAGACCCAGCGACAGACCACGCUCUCCUCCAAGGUUGCGAACCGAUUGAACGGCAUCAACAGUCCGCCGUGCAGCCCGACGCUCUCGCCCACUCCGGGCCUCCUCACGAACGACAUGGUCAAGGACUGCAUCGAGUUUUUCUUCGCGAACAUGUACCCGACGCUACCGAUCCUGCAUCGCGGCCGAUUAGAACAACAAGCCAUGUACGCCGAUCAGAAUGUCGAUACCUACUGUCUAUUGACAUCGUUAUGUGCGUUCAUGAUGAUACAGCCGGGAAUGGGGAUACCUGGUGAUCCUUUGGGCCUCGACAGCAUGCCGGGCGCUAAUUUGGUGUCGGGAAACCUGUUGAUGGAGGAGACGCUUCGAGUGAGGAAGAGUUACGACCACCUCGAGACGCCGACAUUGAGCAGCCUUGUGACGAGUUUCUUCUUGUUCGGAUGUUAUUUUGGACUUGAUUUGCACAAUAAGGCUUGGUUCCAUUUGCGAGAAGCGACAACCCUCGCACAUAUCCUGGGGUUGACGAAGGAAGAGACGUAUUUACAGUUUGAUGCCGUCGAGUCGUCAAGGAGACGAAGGCUCUAUUGGUUGCUCUUCGUCACUGAGAGAGCGUAUGCCCUUCAACGACAUCGACCUCUUUCGCUGCAAGCAACAAUCACUCUCCCAACACAGAACGAUGAUCCUUCAGAUAUACAAUCACACCACCUGACGGGAUUCUUGCAUCUCGUCAACCUCUUCCGGCCGUUUGACGAAGGAUUUGUCGCUCUCUGGAACAAGACUCGAACAGACUGCUCGCCAGCAUACCUUGCUGCCCUUCAAAAACAAUUGAGCGAUGCUCUUCCAGCGUACCUCAACUCGACCGAGAAUCAGACUGCUGAUUUAAGAACAAGCCAACAAUGGCUUCGAACGAUGGUCUGGCAACUGAGCAUGCAAAAUGGUUAUUUGAGUUCGAAUUGCGAUGAUCCAACCAUGAACUUCCAAUACCCCGUGGAUAUUUCCCGGGACCUAGUCUCGAUGACUUCUCAAUUCUCGCAAUCAAGCAUGGAAGUCCACGGCAUCGGACUGAUCGAGAAACUCUUCGACGUUGCCUGCUCCCUGACAGAUGUUCUCUCCCUCCUUCCACCCAACCCCGACCCCUUCCAACUCGGCCCACGAGACUACCUCCACGACUUCAUGACCCUGCUCUCCGUCCUCCGCAACGGCGAUAACCGCUUCCUUCCUCUGUUGCUCGCCAAAGUAAACGACGUGCUCCCACGCCUCGUGAACCCGAUGCUCCAAACCGUCCCCGACACACCAGCCAUGUGCGCAGACAUCGACAUCUUCGACGGCUUCGGCUCAGGCGGUAUCGGUGUCCCUUCCAACUUCCCGGGCUACAAUGGCAACGGUACCUCCGGCGGAGACUUCAAGAUCGAGCCCGACAAUGACUUUAACCAUAACGUCAACGCCAUCCCCUCCUUCGACAAAAGAAUCGAGGAACUCGGCUCUCCUUCAACGGGCGAAGAGGCAGUGAACAGUCCGUUUGCAAGUCCACCGAUAAUCGGUAGCCCGAUGGAGUUCCCUGGUUUAAGCGAGUAUGGCGGCUUCCCUGACUUGGGUAGUCCUAUGCCCACGCCGAGCAUGUCGAAUCCGCAGAUGGGGAACUAUGGGGAGGGUGUUGGUGGAGGGGGCCAGCAAAAUCAAAUACCAUUUAAACAGGAAUUCAACCCGCCGAAUGGGAUGUUAAGGUCGAACUCGCGGCAGGGGAAUCCGAUGGAGGGUGUUAGGAGACCGCCGUUGCGGCAGGGUAGCUCAAGUAGCUUUGGGCUGAUGCCGAGGAGUGUGCCGGAUAAUUUUGGGGUGAUGAAUCACUUGGGGAGGGCGAAUAGUGCUGGGGGAGGAGAGGGCGUUGAUGUGGGGAUGGGGGGAAAUAUGAAUGGGAAUGGGGUGGGGGAGAUGCCGUUUCGGUGA